UUUGACAUUUAGCCAAUAGUCGAGUCAGCCAUUUAAUAACAUUUGUCGCUCCGAAGUUCCAGCGCUAUUUCUUCUGUUUGAAGAUGGCCGAAGUGGUGAUGGAGACCACUAAUCCAUCCACGGAGAUGUCAACCGUUGCGGCGGAGCCAUCGCGUGUAGGAUUCAAUGUAAAAGAUGACAUUACUGUAGAAAGUACGGCAUUUGCGCAUGCUGAACCCUCACCAGACAACUCGGGUCCACCCAGGAUUGACUCUGACAAGGAGGUCCUUCACGAGAAAGUAACUAAACAAAUCAUAAAAGAGGGUCAUGGACAAACUCCCACAAAAUUUGCCACUUGCUUCUUGCACUAUAGGGCAUGGGUGGAGAAAACUUUGCACAAGUUUGAAGAUACAUGGCAGGAGCAACGGCCCGUUGAACUUAUCAUAGGAAAAGAGAAAAAGCAAAUGGUGGGAUUAGGCAUUGGUGCUGCAAGUAUGAAUAGUGGAGAACGUGCUUUGUUACAUGUUGGCUGGGAACUUGGUUAUGGGGAAGAGGGAAGCUUUUCUUUCCCAAAUGUGCCACCAUCAGCUGAUCUGCUGUAUGAAGUUGAGCUUAUUGGCUUUGAUGAAGUUGAAGAAGGGAAAGCUAGAAGUGAUAUGACAGUUGAAGAACGGAUUGGAGCAGCCGAUAGGAGAAGGAUGGAUGGUAAUGCUUUAUUCAAGGAAGAAAAGUUGGAAGAGGCAAUGCAACAGUAUGAAAUGGCUAUAGCAUAUAUGGGGGAUGACUUCAUGUUCCAGUUGUUUGGAAAAUUCAGAGACAUGGCUUUGGCGGUGAAAAACCCAUGCCAUCUCAAUAUGGCUGCUUGUUUGAUCAAGUUGACACGAUAUGAAGAAGCCAUUGCCCAAUGUAGCAUUGUGCUGACGGAAGAUGAGAAUAAUGUGAAAGCAUUAUUUCGGAGAGGAAAAGCUCGAGCAGAACUCGGACAGACAGAUGCUGCUCGAGAGGACUUCGAAAAGGCAAAGAAAUAUGCUCCCCAAGACAAGGCUAUUAUAAAGGAACUUAAAAUUAUUGCAGAACAUGAAAAAGCAGUGUAUCAGAAACAGAAGGAACUUUACAAGGGGAUUUUUGGGCCAAGACCACAACCAAAGCCGAAGCGUAGUUGGCCUGUGCGUUUCUGGCUGUGGCUAGCAUGUAUAUUCUCCUACCUCUUCAAGUUUCGCAAACAAAAGUCGGAGUGAACUAGUUGACUCGGUGAGUUCUGGUUACGCACUACUCUUCGUGUAAAAAUUAUUAAUUAAUGGUUGUUUUGCUUAUUAUAUUUGAUGGGAAUUUGGUAAAAUUGUACUUUUUUUAAAACUAUUUUCUGAGGUUUAAUGGUUUUUUGGCUGAAUAAUUAGAGAAUAAGAGGGGGAUGGAAAGGGACAGCAUGAAUGGGUGGAUAGAGAAUGAUGUGGGCGAGAGGGAAACAGAGUGAUUAUGGGGACAUUUUGAAAUUUUUUUUUGUCAUGGGCAUUUUAGGUUUUAUUAUUUUAUUACGGUUAUUCUAGUCCUUGACAUCAAGACUUUUAGCAGUUAGCGGAAUGAAC